AUGGCUGCAGCAGGAGGAGCGUCGAGCAUCAUCACGCAGGUGCAGCAGACCGGCGGGCCGCCGAUCAAUACAUUAGGAGAUAUCGGUGGAGAUGAACAUAUCACUCUUGAUCUCCGGGGAACCCGCUUUACCCUCUCCCGAGAUGAGCUGCUGACUCUCCCCGAGUUUGUCCUUUUGUCACUCUUUCCGAACGGUCUACUCCCUGACGGGCACAUGGGUACCUUCCAUGAAGGCGACAUCUAUCCGGUCGACUACGAUCCGGCGUCUCUGCAAUAUAUGCUAGACUUCUUCCGAUCGGUUGCUCAAUCCAUCCCGUCAUCAUCACCAUCUGCAUCGACCUCUCCGGACCUGGAUGUUGCUCCCGACUCCAUGCAAGGGACUGCUAGGGAUAUGCUUCAGGACCGUGCUGGUAUCAUAGUGUUGCGCGAGGAUCUCGAUUUCUAUGCGAUCCCACCUCGCCCAGAUAUAGACCAGGCGGAGAUGAUCGAGGUCAAGCGCGCGGCUGCAAAAGCAUUGUUAAAACAAGACGGGAUAUUUUCUGGGCUGAGAAAAAGCGACGAAGCCGGCUCGACAGAGCAGCAUCUCAUAGAGAUGCUUACUGCAGGUGGGUUUGAUCGUGACGACCGAUGGGGCCACCGGGCCCCAGAGCCCAACAAGGCGGUAAUAUGCAGCCUGGCUCUGGCCAAGUUGCGUACCGACAUCCGGGGCGACCUGUCGAACAACAACGCAGUUGGCAUGGCUCAGAAGCUCCUUCUAUUCUGGAGGAAACCAGCCAGGAGAUGCUGGUGGGAAGGAGUUGAGCUGGAUGAUGUGGAGGGAGUUGAAGGCAAAGUGAAAAUUUGGAUCCGUAGAGUAUGGACUCUAGAGAUGAGCGUAAUUGGGCUUCGAUAG